UGAAGUAGGGCAUUUCCCGAAAAUAUUGAUUUGGUGAGAUUUGGUGCCUUUUGAAGAUCGAAAUUGUGCAUGUGUUGCAGAAAACAGAAGUGCAACAAUGGCUGCUCGUGUUCUGGGUCGUCGCCUUCUCUCUGGCCAGUUGCAAAGGCCUCAGGUGCCAGCUGGUGUCAGUGUACGAUGCUUGAACCUGCACGAGAGUGACAGCAAGCAGCUUCUACACAACUACGAUGUGGCUGUGCAGCGAUUUGGCGUUGCCCACAAUGCGCAGGAAGCCAAAACCGUAGCCGAAGAUCUACUCUCUAAACAUGGUGCCAAGCAGUAUGUUGUGAAGGCACUUGUCUUGACCGGUGGCCGUGGCAAGGGAAUGCUGAGCAGUGGAAUGAAGGGUGGUGUCAAGGUUGUUGACAAGGUUGAGGAGGUUGAAGAUGUCUCAUCCAAGAUGAUCGGCUAUAAGCUGGUGACCAAACAGACCGGCGAGCAAGGUGUGGAUGUAUCGCGGGUAAUGGUGGCGGAAGCCCUGGACAUCAUGCGUGAAACAUACUUCUCAAUCAUCCUGGACCGUGGCAUGGGUGGUCCCGUCAUGGUCGGAAGUCCCGAGGGCGGCAUGGACAUUGAGUGGGUGGCUGAGCACAAACCCGACCAGAUCUUCACACUUCCUAUCGACAUUAAAGAAGGUCCCAGCAAAGAUAAGGUUUUAGAGUUGGCCGGCAAUCUUGGAUUCGAAGGUGAACUGAGAGAGCAGGCGUGCCACCAGAUGAUGCAGCUAUACAAGUUGUUUUUGGAGAAAGAUGCCACACAAGUAGAAAUCAACCCACUCGGCCAGAGUCCUGAUCGUGGUGUGGUGUGCUUCGAUGCCAAGAUCAACUUUGAUGACAAUGCCAGCUACCGUCAGAAGGACAUGUAUGCACUGAAGGACACGGCUGAGGAUGAUCCUCUGGAGGUGCGUGCCACCGACUGUGGUCUCAACUUCAUCAAGAUGGACGGAAACAUUGGCUGCCUGGUGAAUGGAGCCGGUCUUGCUAUGGCCACUAUGGAUAUCGUGAAGCUGCAUGGAGGUGAUCCGGCCAAUUUCCUCGAUGUGGGUGGCGGAGUGCAGGAGCAUCAAGUGACUGAGGCAUUCAACAUCAUCUCCAGUGAUCCCAAGGUCAAGUCUAUUCUCGUAAAUAUCUUUGGUGGUAUUGUGGACUGCCGGCACAUUGCAAAUGGAAUCAUCUCAGCCUGCCGACAGACUGGUCUCAAGUUGCCGUUAGUUGUACGCUUAGCAGGUACCAAGUCUGAAGAGGCACGUCAGCUGCUGGAGGAAAGUGGCCUUGCCAUCACGUCCGCUGGGGACAUUCAAGAGGCAGCAAUCAAAGCAGUUGCAUCACUUUGAAGAGGAACGACACUACCCUACUAGUUAUUCGCCUUCUUCCAUCAAUAAGGCUGCUAACUUUUUUAACCUACUCGAAAAGGGUGGCAAUUUUGGUGUGACAGAACCCCCCCCCCCCCCCUCUCCUUUUGUUUCGUGCCCCAAAUUCUUGUAGGCCAUACCCCCCCCCCCCUCAAUCUGGGGGUUUCUGCUGCCGUAAAUGGCCUGCCCAGCCUAAUCAGCUUUCUCACAAAAUAUGGCAGCCAUUUUGUUACUUUUUUGCAAAUUUAGUAGUUUUCACCUAGCAGUUGUUCUAUAAAUUCAUGGUUGAAAUGUAAUUAUGAUGCAGAAAGAUUUAAAACAUUUGGUAGACAACA